GGACCAGGACAGACAGGAAUUUGAGAAGAAAAAGGUGAAUCCAUAAGGUUCAAGAAGAAAAUGGCAUUUCUCAUAAUAAUGGUUCUGUUAUGGGCAGAUAUGCUUGCAACAUAUGUGAUGUGGAUAAUGCAGAAAUACUUAACAGAUGUUUGGAAGCUGGGAGUUACUCAUGCUGCUGGAAUCAUGAAUAUCUACACCGGCCUCACUAAAUUUCUCCCGUUAGUCUUUUUCAUCUUUGUGGAUGCUGGCCUUAGUAACUACAGGAGUCUGCUUCUCUCAAGUAUAGCCUUUUCUAUUGGUAUGGGAUUUCUGUCAAUGUCAACACCACCAGUUCUACACAAGGUCACAGGGACCUGUAAAGAUUAUGAGCCAAACUGCCUUGGUCAUACACAAAAGGCCCUAUUCUACACAGCUUUAGCAUUGAUAGCAGCUGGAUUAAGUGGACGCGUUGUCUCACUGGUUGCAUUUGCAGAGAAUCAGAUUGAAAAGGAUCCAAAUUGUAAAACAAGCUCAAUGUCCUUGGAUUGCAAAGGUCCUGAUGGAAAAUUGAUAAAAAGGCCGAGCUUACAAUUCCCAUCAUUCAAGGAGAGAGAGAAGCAACAGCAAACCGAUGGUACUAAAAAGACUGAAGUUGAUCUAUCACGACUUCAAUUCCAACCACUAGAAGCUAUGCUAGCCCUUGCGCAAAACCAGAGUGGAAAACUCCUUGGUACUUCUUGUAUAAUCCUUGUUCCUGUUAUUGGUUUAAUUGCUCUACCAUAUAUAAAACCAUGGUCACUUCGGUUUGGAAUCCCAACAAUCUGUACAUUGGUGGCAACACUUGCAUUUGUGCAAGGUACACAAUCGUGCAACAAAGAGGAAAAUAGACCUGCAGAAGGAAGUCCAGUGACAAAUGUUUUCAGAGUCUUUGUGGCCUCCACACUCAAAAUGUUUGAAGAUCCCAAGCGAUAUUCAGAGCUUUAUGGCAAACAGUCCAAGGGGCUACUCAGUUUCUUAGACAAGGCUACCAUCCCAUUGACGACUGAAAUUGAAGAACCAGAAAAAUACAGGUGGAGACUGUGCACUCGGACAGAAGUAGAGGAGACAAAAAUCAUAAUCCGCAUGAUUCCCAUUUGGAUCACCUUUGUAAUUUGUGGUGUCAUUACUUCUGUUGGAAACACAUACUUCGUAGAGCAAGCAAACCACAUGAAUUACAAGAUUGGAAAACUAAAGUUGCCCGAUUCUGUCAUUCUGGUGUUCUAUGAAAUAUCAAAGUCACAGUUUAAGUCAAUCUACGACGCCAUUGGAAGGUUCUUAAGAGGAGAACGACAAGAAAAGUAUGCCCCCUCAAUUGGCAUUGCGCUUGCUACGAUCUUCUCAGUGUUGUGCUGCAUAACUGCUGCUGGAAUCGAAACUCGAAGGAUACAUGUGAUCAGAAGUCAUGGAUUGCUAGAUAAACCGGAUGACAAGAUCCCUUUAAGUGCUCUUGUGCUUCUUCCAUAGUAUUUUUUCCUAGCAGGUCUGGACUCGUUCUUUGAAAACAGUGUUACCCCUUUCUUGAUUGAUCAGAGUCCUCCGUCGAUGAAGAAGCAC